GCGGCAGCAAACCGGCGGCGGCCGCGGAAGCGGAGCUGCCCGCGGGGCCGGGAGCAGCCGUCGGGGCUCGGUUAUGAUUUCGCCCGUCAUGAAUAUUCAGCGCCGGCCUGGCCCGGCCCCCGCUGUUUGCUCAGGCAGGAGCGGUUUGAUCUCGGGUUAACCUUGACUCAGAGCAAACAGGGCAGCGACGGGUAGGCGGCACCUGCCCGCCCGCGCGCCUGGGACGGGGGCUGCGGCGCCCCGACCGUCCCGGCGGCCCGCGACCCACCCUCUGGGCCGGCCAGCCAAGCCGCCAGGGCUCUGGACACGCAGACCUGAGCUCUUUCUGGUGGCGGCCGUGGAGGGGCAGAGAUGGCAGAGAACCACAGCUGGUGGAAGCUGACCUUCCUGAGGAAGCGAAAAUCCAUGCCCAAGGUGCUGUAUGAGAGCCCGGAUAUCUAUGCCAGCGAGACACAGGAGGGUUCGGGCAGUGAAGAACCGCCUGACUUCACUGCUCGCCUGGAGAAGAUCGUGGAUAAGAACAGCAAGGGCAAACAUGUAAAGGUCUCCAACUCGGGCCGCUUCAAGGAGAAGAAGAAAGUGCGGGCCACGCUGGCUGAGAACCCCAACCUCUGUGCAGCUGGCGAGCGGGAGGAGAAAUGAGGCUGCAAGAAGGGUUGUGGAAGGGGGCAAAGACCCAGAGGACCGAUGCCCUCCUGCCACAACCAUGGACUCCCAAACCCAGCUUGACUCAGUCCCAUCUGUGGACGACGGACCAAGCGGGCAGGGGCUUGUGCCGCAGGGCUGGCGGGCCUCAUCCCACCAGGCGCUUAGGAAGGAAAAAAGGACUUGGAUAUUAUUUAAGGAAAUAACAACCCUAUUUAAACUCAGCCCCACGGGGUGAUCGCUGCGGGCUCACAGCACUACAAGGGCAAAUGGACAGGGCGGAGGGCUGUGGCUUCUCGCGGCACAGGGAAUCCCUGCGCUGGGAAAGAGGAGAAAGAGCCGGUUGCAGCAGGCAGCCGCACUGCAAGGGUCCGGGCUGGGGCGCAGAGCCCAGGAGCGGCCAGGCAAGUGCCUGAGGCUGAAGCUGGGACUUUGCCUCCAUGUCCCUGAGCAGAACAGAUACAGGUGACAAAGUCUCUAGGGCAGGACAGUCUAACUGGUUCAUACUGGGAUGAGGACACUAGUCUCAGCUUGGACACUCGCUGUGCACCAUUGCAGCCCGUCGCUCCCCAGCUCUGCCUGGGUUCUCUCUUGAGCGCAACGGUUCCUCUCCUGCUUUUCACUUCUGCGGAGGUGCGACCCCCAGGAAACCCCCUGCUCGGCUCCAGACGAACAUCACUGCUUUGGUGGCCAUCCCCAUAUGCUCGGUGCUCCAGGGAGCACGCACAAGGUCACCGACACCACGGUCCUUCAGGGCAGUCGCACCCAGACCGGGCCCGUUUGCACUGAUCUUCGCACCGCUGAAUUCAGCCUGUUCCCAGGAGACGCCCCAGAGCCAACACUGCGCAACGUGCCGCUUCCCUCCCUUUGCGGGAAUAACUGCGGCUGGCAAACGGCCCCAGGACCGCUCUGCUGCAGUGACUCCAGAGGGUUCUGCUCUCUGCCGUAUUCCCACUCGGAAUUGGCUUUCGGAGCAGGCUGCUAAGCUGGGAAUCGCCCUCUGCUCCCAGAAAAAGGUGAUCGCUAACUGUGGCAGUGGAGACGGACCCAGCUCAGGAGGGCUGGAGGGAGCCACGAAGAAGGCUCGUCUCACAAGCCCCUGUUCUCAUUCGUUUCUCAGAAGCCAAGUCUUUUGUAAGCUCUUGCUACUGUUCUUUGUUAAUAAAGCAGGUCUGGAAACAAAGGGAGCUCAGUGCCUGCUCCACGCGGUCGCCUCGGGCACGGCGCAGAUGGGAGAGCUUCG